AUGGGAAGCUCGCAUUGUUGUUCUCUCUAAUCAGAUGAUAAAUCAGAAAUUGUUCUUAAGAUUGAAGACACUGAGAAGUCGUCCCUAAGGUCUUCAAGGAAAUCUCCAAAAAAGUAACAAGAGACUCCUUCGCAAAAGGAGAAACUACUAGUGCAUCCAAAUAAAUGUGAAGAUCCUGCAACUCCUGGAUUUGCAGAUUUACAGUCUUUCGGAAGCAAGCACUCUGAAUAAUCCUGCAAAGACAUUUAGCUUGUUGCAGAAAUUGUUAUGAAUUUAGAGGACAUACCAAAGAAGAUAGAAGAAGUAUAGCAAAGUCCAAUCACUUCUUAACGAUCUUUGAAGAAAAGAAGAAAGAAUGACUCUCCUCUCUGCGAUUUUUAACCUAAGAAUUCCUUAAAAUCUUUCGAUUCGAAGAAAUUAAAUAAAUUAAAAUCGUUAUCAGAGCACAGAGUUAAAUUCGAGGAGAAGAGUGAUAACGAAAGCAAUAGAAGUAAUAGUGCAGACAAUAAAUCUGUAAAAAGCAUAAUGAAAUAAGAAUUAAAAUAUAGUUAAUUUCGAAAGAUGCAAACUCUAGGGGAUGCAGAAUCAAGAAAGAAAGUCCACUUCCAACUAAACAAAUGAUCUAUUUCAUACAAAAUUUCUUGUAUGUUAUUUUUCCUUAAAAAAUGCAUUUAGAAAACUAA